AUGGUCAAGAAGCGACGAGCGGGCAAGGCCAAAGACGGCACGAGUCGCAGUAGCAGUAAGACCAAGCUCGACGUGCAGGAUCUCUCGAGCAACCAAAAGCAGCUCGCACUCGAUACGCUCACGCAGCAGACGAACGUCGACUUGAUCGCGCGCGUCGACGAGCUCAAGUGCGAGCUCCACGCGGUCACGCGUCGCGCCAAAAGCGACGUGGCCGACAAGGACCUCGUCAUCUCGGACCUCCAGCUCACAAUUGCCAAGCUUGAAAACUACAUUUCCAAUCUCCUCGUCGCCCAAGACGACCGCGGCGACGACGCGGCGAAUCCGCUCCAGCAAAAGUACGUCUUUAUGGCGUCCGAAGCGGCAAAAGCAUCGGCGGCGCUGAGCCAGAAGACGCGCGAAGUCGACCGCCUCACGCGCCGCCACUUGGCGUACGAAGCCCAGAUCGGCCAACUCCUCGAGAGAGAGCAUCCGAUGCCACUCUCGAUUCCCGACCUCGAACGGCAGCACGAACAGAUGGACCUCGAAGAGCAGCGAAACGAAAGCAUUGUGCCGCUGCUUCUCCAGCUCUUGGCCAAAUCGACACCGUUGUCACUACUGCACACACAAGCGCUCGACCAACUCCACCAUGCACUCAAGGACUCGAAGCAAGUCCCCGUGUUCCUGCACGCCAAGGGUCUCGACAGCGUCUGCGCCGCAGUCAACAAUGCGCACCAUAGUGACCGCACGCUCUUGCUCGCCGUCAAGAUUCUGUGGCGCACGACCUUUCACCCACCAGCGAUCGCGUCGCUUCGAGAAGCCAGCGUUUUGGGCGCGCUGUUGCUAGCCGUCAAGUGUGUUCCGAUGGCGAGCUCGACGCAGCUUCUUGGCUUGGCCAACCAGCUCUUCCGCGCGACGCUGCCACCGACGACGACCGGCACGUCGAGCGCGCUUGGUCGAAAAGCCUCUCGGCUGGAAGCCGUGUACCUCGAGAGCCUCGCGGUGGUGCGAUGUGUGGUGCUACCAUAUGUUGCCGCCGAGUUCCCGCGCCUUGUGCCCAUGACGCUGCAAGCCAUGUAUAAAAUAUUGCAGCUCACACCACUGUGCGUCUUGGCACUCGCCGAGGCACCCGACUUUGUCGUGGCGGUGCUGACCGCGUACUUGACAACCCCCGACACCGAGCUUGUCGUGCUGCGUAUCUUGCAUCUCUACGUCUUGCAACACGGUGUCCACGCCAUCCCCGAGGCCGCCAAAAGUAAAGUCGAUGCCGCCUACCACGCGUUGAUCAGCGACAGCUUGCUGGACAAGGGCGCGCACGCCGAGGUGCUCGGUCUAUUCAAUACGUGGCGCGCCUACGCCUACGCGCCCUUCAAGGACGCCGAGACCCCUGUCCUCGACCACCUGCCCAUCCUACACACCACCGCCACGAUCGCGCCCAGGAUUCGCGACAAGGAUGCCAUGAGCUGCACCGAGUUUCCCGUCGCGACUCGCCUCAUUUCGCUUUCCGCUAGCCUCCCCGCCUUGUAA